AUGAGCGAUGCACCUCCACCAACGUUUCCCUUUGCUCGUCCCCAGGCUUGGGAACCACCAGCCCAGUAUGAACAGCUACGAAAGUUAAAUCCUGUCUCGCAAGUUGCGCUUUGGGAUGGCAGUCUUCCAUGGCUGGUAGUGAAUCACAAGGAUGUGGUCAGUGUGCUGACUGACGACCGGCUGUCAAAGGAGCGCACUCGCCUUGGUUUUCCAGAGAUGAGCCCAGGUGGUAAAAAGGCAGGGAAGAACAAGCCGACUUUCGUAGAUAUGGAUCCAACAGCGCACAUGCGACAGCGCAGUAUGAUUGAGUCAUUGUUCAUCUGGGGUGCGACAGUCACAAACUUGUUAGAUAAGAUGAUUCAAGAGGGUUGCGAGAGGCCGGUUAACUUUGUGGAGAGUUUUGCUUUACCUGUCCCAUCCCACAUUAUCUACAGCAUUCUUGGAAUACCCUUCAGCGACCUCGACUUCCUUACAGCACAAUCCGCAGUACGCAGCAAUGGAAGCUCGACUGCCACUGAAGCCACGAAGGCCAAUCAGACGCUGCUCGAUUAUUUGAGCAAGCUGGUCGAAAAGCGUUCUGAUGCGCCCGCCGAAGAUCUGAUCAGCAAGCUAGCGGUUGAGCAAGUCGAGCCUGGUCAUAUCGAACAUUCGGACGCGGUCGCCAUCGUAUUUCUUAUGUUGAUCGCCGGAAACGCCACCGUGAUCAACAUGAUCAGCCUCAAAGGCAUAGUCACUCUGUUAAAAUACCCAUUUCAACUUAAUAGGCUCAAGUCUGAUCCCUCGCCAACAACAGCGUUUGUAUCCGAGCUAUGUCGGUAUCACACCGGAUCCGCCAUGGCAACCCGUCGCGUUGCGAAAGUCGACAUCGAGAUUGCAGGCCGCAAGAUCAGAGCAGGUGAAGGCAUAAUCGCCGCAACGCAGUCUGCCAGCCGAGACGAAGCUGUGUUCUCGGAUCCUGAGACAUUCGACAUCUUGCGCUUCGUGGCGAAGGAGCAAGGCGGACGAGGAGAAGACUGGUAUAAGACGAUGGGCUAUGGAUACGGUGAGUAUCGAUGUGUUGCUGAGCCUCUAACUAGAGGAGAGCUCGAAAUUGUCUUUGCCGCUCUGGUCCAGAGACUGCCGAACCUCAAACUCGCUGUGCCGUUUGCAGAGAUUAAAUAG